AUGUCUAGAUCUGGUGUUGCCGUUGCCGACGAAUCUCUAUCCGCUUUCAAUGACCUAAAACUAGGUAAGAAGCACAAGUUCAUCUUAUUUGGUUUAAAUGAUAACAAAACUGAAAUUGUUGUUAAGGAAACCUCUAAUGAUGAUUCUUAUGAUACUUUCUUAGAAAAAUUACCAGAAAAUGACUGUUUAUACGCUGUUUACGAUUUUGAAUAUGAAAUUAGUGGUAACGAAGGUAAAAGAUCGAAAAUCAUUUUCUUCACCUGGUCUCCAGAUACUGCUCCAGUUAGGUCUAAGAUGGUUUACGCUUCUUCUAAGGAUGCUUUAAGAAGAUCAUUGAACGGUGUUGCUGCCGAUAUUCAAGGUACUGACUUUUCCGAAGUUGCUUACGAAACUGUCUUAGAUAGAGUUAGAUCUGGUACCCACUAA